AUGUCGGACAGCAAGUACAUCACGCUCGUCUCGGGCGAUGGUUUUGAGUUUGUCGUCCUCCGCGAGGCAGCUCUCGUCAGCCCGACCAUCAAAGGCAUGCUACGGGGCCCCUUCAUCGAGGCGCAAACCAGUCGUUGCACCUUUCCCGAGUUCAGCGCCAUUGUGCUCGAAAAAGUGGUAGACUACUUCCACUAUUGGCACCGCAACCAAGACAAAGAGGACGUGCCCGACAUGGAAAUUCCCGUCGAGAUGUGCCUGGAGCUGCUGAUGGCGGCCAACUAUUUCAACCUUGACGCCAGGCCGACACCGAGAGAGUAA